UUGGUGUGGAAGCUAUGUUUUACCAAGCUUCUUGUAUGCUUAUUUUCAGCCCCAAAAUUAGUAUUCAACACGCACUUGGAUACUGUACCACCAUACAUUCCUCCAACAGAGGACGAAAAGAACAUUUACGGACGGGGUUCUUGUGAUGGCAAAGCGCAGUUGGCUUGUAUGGUAACGGCUGCUCAGACUUUGGUGGAAAACGAUCCAGAUGUGGCCGACCAAGUCGGGCUUUUAUUCGUCGUUGGUGGAGAGGCUGACCGCGUUGGGAUGCAGGUAAUGCUUUAG